AUGUGUUUUGAGUUUAAGGGUUUGUCAAGGGAAGAUAUGGGUGUGAACCAGUUAAAGUCCAUGGUUACUCUUAUGUUGAGAUUGACCAGUAGAGAAAAUCUAGACCUACUGUGGUUUAUUGAACCUUGUUUACCAGAUUCCAUAAUUAGGGAUGAAGAGUUUUGUUUUUUCUGGGAUAGUGCACAAGAAGAUGUGAAUGAGUCACAGCCUCCUCCACCUCAGUUGACACCCAAAAAUAAUGUGACUCCAAAGAAGCCAGUUCAAGAUGCAACACACGCUAGUGUGGUAGAAGAUUUGUUAACAAUUGCCCAAGAGUACAAGAAAAGUGAUGAGUAUGUCAUGCACUUGAAGAAUAUUGAAGAAUAUGAAUGUAAUCCUGAUGAUGACCUGAAAAAUGUAAGAAGAGCUGAGAAUGGGUAUCUUUCAGAUGGUACUGCAAGUGAGAUAAGUGAUGGUGAUGAUGCUCAAGGUGAUGCUGAAAGUGAUUGUGGUGAUCCAAACUUUGGUGAGGUGGAGGUUGAGAGUGACAAGGAAGAGGACCAUUAUGGGGACUUGAUGGAUUCUUCAUCUGACAAAGAAGAAGAAGAAAAAGAUGAACCAGUUGGGAUUGAAGUUGUAGUAUCAAAACAUUGCUCUGAGUCCAAUGGGCCUAAAUGUACAAAGCCUCAUGAUAACACAAUGUUUGAGGAAGAAUGUGCAGAGCAUUUAAGGAAGACGCAUGGUACUGCAAGUGAGAUAAGUGAUGAUGAUGCUGCUCAAGGUGAUGCCGAAAGUGAUUGUGGUGAUCCAAACUUUGGUGAGGUGGAGGUUGAGACUGACAAGGAAGAGGACCAUUAUGGGGACUUGAUGGAUUCUUCAUCUGACAAAGAAGAAGAAGAAAAAGAUGAACCAGUUGGGAUUGAAGUUGUAGUAUCAAAACAUUGCUCUGAGUCCAAUGGGCCUAAAUGUACAAAGCCUCAUGAUAACACAAUGUUUGAGGAAGAAUAUGCAGAGCAUUUUAAGGAAGACGCGUACGAAGCUGAAGAGAUGUUCCCUGAGGAUGGUACUGCAAGUGAGAUAAGUGAUGAUGAUGCUUCUCAAGGUGAUGCCGAAAGUGAUUGUGGUGAUCCAAACUUUGGUGAGGUGGAGGUUGAGACCGACAAGGAAGAGGACCAUUAUGGAGACUUGAUGGAUUCUUCAUCUGACAAAGAAGAAGAAGAAAAAGAUGAACCAGUUGGGCUUGAAGUUGUAGUAUCAAAACAUUGCUCUGAGUCCAAUGGGUCUAAAUGUACAAAGCCUCAUGAUAACACAAUGUUUGAGGAAGAAUAUGCAGAGCAUUUUAAGGAAGAGGAAGCUGAAGAGAUGUUCCCUGAGGAUGGUACUGCAAGUGAGAUAAGUGAUGAUGAUGCUGCUCAAGGUGAUGCCGAAAGUGAUUGUGGUGAUCCAAACUUUGGUGAGGUGGAGGUUGAGACUGACGAGGAAGAAAAAGAUGAACCAGUUGGGCUUGAAGUUCUAGUAUCAAAACAUUGCUCUGAGUCCAAUGGGCCUAAAUGUACAAAGCCUCACGAUAACACAAUGUUUGAGGAAGAAUAUGCAGAGCAUUUUAAGGAAGAGGAAGCUGAAGAGAUGUUCCCUGAGGGUGUUACUUUUCUUCCAAUGGAUCCUCAUAACCUGGUAAAGGGAAAUAAAUUUGUUAACAAACAUGCAUUCAAGAAAAGUUUGAGGGCCUACUAUGUGAAGCAUAAACACCAGGUUAAGUUAAGUGAUGGUACUGCAAGUGAGAUAAGUGAUGAUGAUGCUGCUCAAGGUGAUGCCGAAAGUAAUUGUGGUGAUCCAAACUUUGGUGAGGUGGAGGUUGAGACUGACAAGGAAGAGGACCAUUAUGGGGACUUGAUGGAUUCUUCAUCUGACAAAGAAGAAGAAGAAAAAGAUGAACCAGUUGGGAUUGAAGUUGUAGUAUCAAAACAUUGCUCUGAGUCCAAUGGGCCUAAAUGUACAAAGCCUCAUGAUAACACAAUGUUUGAGGAAGAAUAUGCAGAGCAUUUUAAGGAAGACGCGUACGAAGCUGAAGAGAUGUUCCCUGAGGAUGGUACUGCAAGUGAGAUAAGUGAUGAUGAUGCUUCUCAAGUUGAUGCCGAAAGUGAUUGUGGUGAUCCAAACUUUGGUGAGGUGGAGGUUGAGACCGACAAGGAAGAGGACCAUUAUGGAGACUUGAUGGAUUCUUCAUCUGACAAAGAAGAAGAAGAAAAAGAUGAACCAGUUGGGCUUGAAGUUGUAGUAUCAAAACAUUGCUCUGAGUCCAAUGGGUCUAAAUGUACAAAGCCUCAUGAUAACACAAUGUUUGAGGAAGAAUAUGCAGAGCAUUUUAAGGAAGAGGAAGCUGAAGAGAUGUUCCCUGAGGAUGGUACUGCAAGUGAGAUAAGUGAUGAUGAUGCUGCUCAAGGUGAUGCCGAAAGUGAUUGUGGUGAUCCAAACUUUGGUGAGGUGGAGGUUGAGACUGACGAGGAAGAGGACCAUUAUGGGGACUUGAUGGAUUCUUCAUCUUACAAAGAAGAAGAAGAAAAAGAUGAACCAGUUGGGCUUGAAGUUCUAGUAUCAAAACAUUGCUCUGAGUCCAAUGGGCCUAAAUGUACAAAGCCACACGAUAACACAAUGUUUGAGGAAGAAUAUGCAGAGCAUUUUAAGGAAGAGGAAGCUGAAGAGAUGUUCCCUGAGGGUGUUACUUUUCUUCCAAUGGAUCCUUAUAACCUGGUAAAGGGAAAUAAAUUUGUUAACAAACAUGCAUUCAAGAAACAUUUGAGGGCCUACUAUGUGAAGCAUAAACACCAGGUUAAGUUAAGUGAUGGUACUGCAAGUGAGAUAAGUGAUGAUGAUGCUGCUCAAGGUGAUGCUGAAAGUGAUUGUGGUGAUCCAAACUUUGGUAAGGUGGAGGUUGAGACUGACAAGGAAGAGGACCAUUAUGGGGACUUCAUGGAUUCUUCAUCUGACAAAGAAGAAGAAGAAAAAGAUGAACACGUUGGGCUUGAAAUUGUAGUAUCAAAAGAUUAG